GCUGUCAUGGCUGAAAAAAGGCAUGUUUGGGGGCUACCACUGCUGUUUUUAUUGAUAGCUGUGUCUUCGUUGCAUUUAAUAAUUUGUCCGUUUACUAAAGUUGAAGAGAGCUUUAAUUUACAAGCGGUGCACGACAUUCUGUAUCAUAGACUGAACUUUGACAAGUACGACCACCAUGAGUUCCCUGGUGUUGUGCCACGGACAUUCCUGGGCCCACUGUUCCUCUCCCUGCUCUGCUCUCCUGUCAUGUUUUUGUCCUCUCUGCUGGAUGCCCCCAAAUUCUACACUCAGCUUACAGUCCGAGCUUCACUGGGAUUGUGUGUCAUUGGUGCGCUAUGGCACAUGCAGAGGGAGGUGAGGAAGCAGUUCGGCUCCACAGUUUCAGGGCUCUUCUGCCUGAUGUGUGCUUCUCAGUUUCACUUCAUGUUCUACAGCACCAGAACUCUGCCCAAUGUAUUUGCACUGCCAAUUGUUCUCAUGGCAUUCACAUCCUGGAUGGCUCAAAAACAUGGCCGCUUCAUAAGUCUCUCUGCAUUAGUCAUCAUUGUGUUCCGGUCAGAGCUCUGCAUCUUCUUGGGUCUCAUGUUGCUGGUAUCACUGCUGAGCAGGAGGCUUGGGCUGCUGCAGAUGCUUUACUAUGCUGCCCCUGCUGGGAUCUUGUCACUAGCUCUCACAGUGGCCAUUGACACCUUCUUUUGGAGGAAGCUUUUGUGGCCUGAAGGUCAGGUUCUGUGGUACAAUACAGUCCUCAACAAAAGUUCCAACUGGGGAACCUCUCCCUUUCUGUGGUACUUUUACUCUGCAGUACCUCGGGCUCUGGGCUGCACUCUGCUCUUUCUCCCCCUAGGUCUCCUUGACAGGCGGAUGAGGCUGCUGCUGCUUCCUACCGUGGGAUUCAUCCUCCUCUACUCGUUGCUGCCUCACAAAGAGAUGCGCUUCAUCAUAUACACUUUUCCUGUUCUCAGUUUGGUGGCUGCUAGGGGCUGUUCUUUCAUCUUAUGCAACUACCAGAAGUCCUGGAUGUAUAAACUGGGCUCUGCUAUUGUAGUUGGCCAGCUGUUGACAAACGCAGCCUACACAAGCAUGUGUCUCUAUGUUUCUCAUCACAACUACCCAGGGGGGCGAGGAAUGCAGGAACUACACAGGCUUCUUCCAGUGACAGCAGAUGUGUCUGUUCAUAUUGACACCUAUGCAGCUGAGACUGGAGUAUCUCGCUUUUUGGAGCAGAACGCCAACUGGAGGUAUGACAAGCGUGAGGACCUGAGCUUUUCAAGUCCUCAGUUCCAGCUGUACUCCCACUUACUGAUGGAGGCUAAUGAGACAAAGAUAAUGCUAUUAAAGGACACUCAUCAGCCUCUGGCCUUCAUAGAAGGUUAUAGCAACAUCGCAUUCAAUCUGUCUCACUUCCCUCCUGUCGUGGUGCGGUUGGACAGAAAAGCUGUGCUGAUGGAGAAAAAAACUAUUUGAUAACAAAGGGCGACUUUAAAGGAAGAUUUCUUGCAUCAAGGAUGGAUGUUUUCUGACUGACCAAAGGUUAACACACAGAUGGGAAAUUGCAAAGAUUAGGGUUUUGAUGAUACCACAUCAUCCAUCACAUUCCACUUCAGUUCCAGUGUUCGCAUACGCUCCUCAUGUAAAUAAACAUUGUACUGAACUUUGUUUAUGAUGGUUGCAAAUGGUUACUUUUUCUCAAAUGUAUAAAAAAUGCUUUUCAUUUCCUGUGCAAGUAAAGAUGUGAUCCUGGUGUCAAGAAAAACAUUUUACAUAAAGGUGUUUUCUGUACCUCUGAUUGUGAUUUAUAUAUUUUUGUAGAUAGACUAAUAAAAUAGAGUGAAAAAGCUGAA